AUGCGAGAUGCAAUCAAGAAUGUUCUGCCUGAUGCGACCCAUCGGUUAUGUGGAUGGCAUCUGCAGAGAAAUGCAUGUGAAAAUAUAAAGAAUCCUAAUUUCCUGCACGAUUUUAAGGGUCUUAUAUACGACAACAACGACCAGAGAGACUUUGAUCGGAGAUGGGCAGCCAUUUUGGAUAAGCACAACCUUGUUGGCAGUACCUGGAUGGAAAAGACGUACGAAACUCGUGAGAUGUGGUCCCAUUGUUUCCUCUGGGAUAAUUUUUUCGGUUACAUAAGGACGACAUCACAGUGUGAAGGUAUAAAUUCUCUCAUCAGAUUUUAUGUUAAUCGCAAGAACACCCUCAUUGACUUCAUGCAUAACCUGGAUAGGGCCUUAAAGGAGUAUAGAAACAACAAAUUAAUAGCUGACUUUAAGUCUCAGUGCUCAGAGCCAGUGGUGAUUACCUCGUUGGAGGUAUAUGAAAGAUCUGCAUCAUGUUAUUUCACGCAAAACAUUUUCAAGAAAAUUCGUAAUGAGAUUCAGAGGGCAGGGGCUUUGAAUAUAACGGUACCAAGCACAACCUUGGACAAGGUAGAGUUCAGUGUGACUGCUCUCAGAGACCUGGCCAAAGAUCGACGGGUGGAAGUCGAUAGAGGUAAGAAUCUGUUCUCGUGCUCGUGCAAGCUGUUUGAAUCACGUGGUAUUCCCUGUAGUCAUAUCUUCUGUGCCAUGAAGUUCGAAAACAUACUUGAAUUUCCAAAUUCGUUGAUCUACAAAAGGUGGACAAAGAAUGCAAAGAACGAAUUUAUUAGCACAGAAAUGCCUGUGAAUGAUGACAUCAAAAGGGUCUUAAAGUUUCGAUCACGCAAACAAGGCAAGUCAACUCCUAAUGUUAACGUGGAAGGCAUCAACGAUCCCUUUGUUGUCAAAAGCAAAGGAGCCCCUUCCAAGAGGUCUUGUUGGAGGAAGAAGAGAGCAUGCUCUAAUUACCACAAGUACGGUCAUUACUACAAGCACUAUCCAGAUCUGAUGAAGCAUAGUGUGGAAGGUAACCCUCGCGAUCGAUUAUACGGCAAUGCAUCAGCCAAGGACUCAGGUUUUAGUCCAGAAAGGCAGCCUUUUAAAAAGGGUGGAACAAGGAAGUUUACGGCGACGGGUAUGAGGAACCGGAAGGGUAAAGACAACACUUUUGUUGAGGUGAAGGAGUCACAGCAGGACAAGAGACAUUCAUUCACGAAAUAUGAAUGCGUUAAUGAUGUCAUUGAUGAUAAAUGUGACACACGACAUGUGCAGAUUGAUGUCCAAGAUCCGUUACCAUCGUCACUGCCUUGUGGCAACAAACAAGGAUCGUACAUGGCAUUGUUCGCGUCGAUGCAUAGAACACUUUGA